AUGAUAGCCCUCCCGCCUGGAUCAAUGGGAAACGGCGGGGGCGAGAAUGGAGAGCGUCGCUCGCUGCCCAAAGUCGAUUUCUCCUCUGGAGCGAGUUUCGAAAGUCUUAAUCAAGUGAUCGAGCUUUUUGAUAAUCAAGAUCGGCAUGAAUUCGACGAUCAGAUGGCUCUCGAAGUCCACUCGAUGAAGGAGCAUCUUUUUACUCUACUAGGCAAAAUUCAGGCGAUCGACGGUCGUUUACCAGGGGCAAACGAGUAUUUACUGCUAUCGGGAGCUUCGCGAGAUGGAACACUAGAUUUGGAAGUUCAAGUUCCAAGGCCUACGCCAGAACCUCCUGUUGAGCCACCUCCACUUAUUUCUGCGGAUUCUGCUCCUUCCUCCGCGGAUCCAAGUUCUCUUACAUCUCCUGUGUCCGAAAGAAGUAACGUCGAUUUACUAUCUGACGAGUUACAUUCUACAGCCACAAUUUCAGAGCGGGGGAAGUGA